AUGUCCCUCCAGAAGCUAUCGACGGAGCUUGAUGGCCAAAUCGCCAGCUGCCUCGUCGGCGACACUAAGGCUCUCAGCGCCUUCUCCAAGACGAACAAAUACUACCGGGGCAUUGCUGAGCCAUAUCUCUAUACGAAUAUCGAAGUGUAUGAAUCUGACCUUGAAAGACCACUGCGACUGCUCUUCACGUUGUUAGACCGCAAGGAACUCGCCCUUCACAUCAAGAGCUUGAGCUACAUACCAGCCCAGCAUUGGUCCUCUCACGACGCCGACAUAAAGCCGCCGACGAGGAAGAAGCUCCAAUAUGAUAUUUUCACGCUCAUUCUGUUUAUGGCGCAGAAGGUCCAGUAUCUAGAACUUGGUUCCAAAGAACCACCUACACAUGUGUUACGCCUUCUUUGGGCACCUUGGAGUGACGGCAAAGGCCCCUUUCAGAACGUUCAACAUCUCGUCCACAACGCCGGUCUUUCUCUGAUGCCUUCCAUCGUGGUAUUGCCAACCCUACGAACAUUAGAGUACAACGUCGGGUAUUUCGACGUCGAAGCACGAGCGACUUCAUCCAUGUUCGCUUAUCCAUCCCCUAUGCCUGCGCAACCCGUCCUCCGCCGAGUUCAAUUUACGACAACCAGAAACAUCACUCCUACUAUAAUCCAGAACAUGGUCAGCAACCCAGCAAUGGCCAACCUCCGAGAACUCGUAGUCGAUGACUGCGGACGCAGCAGACGCAAUCUGCCUCUCGCUUUGCGUGGCGACAACCUAGCCGAACUCCUGCGAAGCCUAGAGAAACACACCCCACUCCUAGAACUACUCCAGUGGUCAAAUCAGAAGUCUGACCGACAAGAAGGCCACCCACGUUUCGACACGUUCAAAGAUCUCACAAAUCUCCGCCAGUUACACAUCGACUUCGACCUCCUCGUCCCCAAAAGCGACACCAACUCCACCAACUUGAAGUGUCUCUCCAAUCCUCACGCCGUCUUCCCCGCGAGCUUGGAAGAUCUGACGUUGGACUGCGUCGAUAUCGACAAGCUCCACCAUCUCAUCACCACUCUCCACAACACCAUUGAAGAAAGCGAUGAGAUGAGCGAAACUGAAGCACUCCAAAUCUGCCUCGCAUCUCUAGCCGCCAUGUUCCCUCCGCUCAAAAGCCUCGCUCUUGUUGUGAUCAUGGAGAUGGAUAACCCGAGGGAAGAUACACCUCGCCUGCAUGAGUUGGACCCGUCGGAUGUCACGUUCUUCCGGUACGCUGCGGAUGAGCUUGAGAAGCUGGGUGUUACACUCGAGGUGUGGCGCAAAGAAGGGUAUUACGAGAAGGAGAAGAAGUUGCUGGUGAAGAAGGGGUGGACGGCGCCGUUGCCGCAUUCGGUGGUGAAGGCUGUGCAGAAAAAUGCUAGGGGUUGGCGGAAUGGUUACGCUGAUCUCCGCAUUUACGCAGCAUAG